AGGGAUGGCUGGCCCGGAGCAGCAGAAGCAGCAUCAGCAGCAGGUGGAGGAUAAGGCCGAGCACAUCGAUGACGCCGAGAUGGCGCUGCAGGGCAUCAACAUGCUGCUCAACAACGGCUUUAAGGAGAGCGACGAGCUCUUCAGGAGAUACAGGAGUCAAAGUCCACUGAUGAGCUUCGGUGCAAGUUUUGUGAGCUUCUUGAAUGCCAUGAUGACCUUCGAGGAGGAGAAGAUGCAGACAGCGUGCGACGACCUGAAGACCACCGAAAAGCUGUGCGAGAGCGACAGCGUCGGCGUGCUGGAGACCAUCAGAAACAAGAUUAAGAAGAGCAUGGACUCUCAGAGGUCCGGCGUGGUGGUGGUAGACCGUCUGCAAAGACAGAUCAUUGUGGCCGACUGUCAGGUUUACUUGGCCGUGCUUUCCUUCGUCAAGCAGGAACUCUCAGCAUACAUCAAAGGCGGCUGGAUCCUCCGCAAGGCGUGGAAGAUGUACAACAAAUGUCACAGCGACAUCAGCCAGCUGCAGGCCGCUUGCCAGCAGACUACCACCGAGCCCACCACCACCAUGCCCGACAACGCCAACCACAAUAAGGUGGAGAGCGGCGUAACGACCGAGGCCCUGGACCGCCUGAAGGGCUCAGUGAGCUUCGGUUACGGCCUGUUCCAUCUGUGCAUCUCCAUGGUGCCCCCGCACCUUCUCAAGAUCAUCAACCUGCUGGGCUUUCCCGGAGACCGCCUCCAAGGCCUCGCCGCUCUCGCCUAUGCCAGCGAAAGCAAAGACAUGAAGGCACCCCUAGCUACGUUGGCCCUAUUGUGGUACCACACGGUGGUGUUGCCCUUCUUUGCGCUAGACGGGUGCGAUUCUCACGCUGGCCUGACAGAGGCCAAAGAGAUCCUGCACAGGAAGUCGCUGGUCUACCCAAAUUCCUCCCUCUUCAUCUUCUUCAAGGGGCGCGUACACAGGCUGGAGUGUCACAUCAACAGCGCUCUGGCCUGCUUCAACGACGCACUGGAACUGGCUUCCGGCCAAAGAGAAAUACAGCACGUGUGUCUGUACGAGAUCGGCUGGUGCAGCAUGAUCGAGAUGAACUUCGAGGAUGCUCACCAGUCCUUCGAGAGACUGAAGAAUGAGUCAAGAUGGUCGCAGUGCUACUAUGCUUACUUGACAGGAGUGUGUCAGGGAGCCUCGGGUGACGUGGACGGCGCCAGUGGCGUUUUCAAAGAUGUGCAGAAGCUGUUCAAGAGGAAAAAUAACCAGAUUGAGCAGUUUGCUGUUAAACGGGCUGAGCGUUUGAGAAAGAUCCCCCUCAGCAGAGAACUUUGCAUCCUGGGCGUCAUAGAGGUGUUGUACCUGUGGAAAGCACUUCCCAACUGCUCCUCCUCCAAGGUGCAGGUCAUGAACCAAGUGCUGCAGCGUCUUGAUGAGGCGUCGUGCCGCGGCUUGAAACAUCUCCUGCUGGGCGCCGUCCACAAAUGUCACGGCAACACCAGAGAUGCCGUCCAGUCCUUCCAAAUGGCAGCCAGAGACGAGUACGGACGUCAGACGAAUUCAUACGUUCAGCCGUACGCCGUGUAUGAAUUGGGCUGCGUGCUGUUAGCCAAACCCGAGACGGUGGGCAAGGGGAGAUCUUUCCUACUUCAAGCAAAGGAGGAUUUCACAGGCUAUGACUUUGAGAACAGGCUACAUGUGCGCAUCCAUUCGGCGUUAGCCUCUCUGAAGGAACUCGUGCCUCAGUGACUCCAGAGGGGGUUGACGUUAGCCUUUUUACACCAUCUUGUAACCGACGGACUGGAACUCUUAAGGGAAACCUCCAGACCCGAUGUAAAUGAUUUUGGGGGAAAAAGAUGCACUUGUUUACCUAGUGUACCAUAUUAAGAUAUCAGGUGCCGGAUGCAGGAAAAUUAAGUCAGUGCACACAAGUACUGUAUAUUUGUCCCACUUACAACAAAUGGUGCAACGUUUUGACAGGAUUUUUGUUGGUGUAAAAAUGCAUUCACCCGCAAUAUGAUUUAGUUCAUCACAAGCACUGCCUGUGUAUGACAUUACGAUAUUGGAUAUCGGAUGCAAGGAAACAAAGUCAAUGCAUACACUGAGAUUUAUGGCGUUGGCAUCAAAUCUGAUUUUAACUACAUUUUUCUCACAGAAAUGUUUUUAAAAAAUUGUUUUAAGAGAAUUUUUGUCCGUGUAAGAAUGCAUUCACCUGUUGUGAAUAUGUUUCUUGAGCCUGUCAGAACCAACCUCAGUGUACAACGCUAAGGAAUUUGGUGCCAGAUGCAGGAAAAUAAAGUCAACAAAUGGGUCCCAUUCACAAAAAAAUAGGUCCUCAUGUUUUUUUUUUUUCAAAGACAGUUUUGACAAAAUAAUUUUCCACAUAAAAUUGUGUCUCUGUUUUGCGAAGUAUGAUUCAGCCGGUCUGGCACUGCUUUAUUUCAUGCAGUUAAAAAAAAAAAAGAUACUUGAGCUCCACUUUUUUUCCUUUUACUUUACGCAUAGAAUUAAAAAAAAAAUACAUUUUCAUUUUAAAACUCAAAAAAUUUGGAGUGACUUGUUUUUUGCCGGAAAACAACAUUAUCACAAUACAAGUACUGUAUGUUUAAAAAUAAUCACGUACUUUGUCAUUGACAGAAAUCAUAUAUGUUGUAUAAUCACAAUCAUUAAUUAAUCAAGAAAAUAUCGCAAGGAUACAUUUGAUUUACAAUGCACUAUUCUAAUGUUUUUUCAACAAAUAACAAAUGCGAGCGAUGAUGAAAAAUACAUGUAGAGGAAAGGCCAAAAUAUCUUGAAAAAUAAGUUUGUUGUUUUUUUUUUUCUUUAAAUCCUUGUGAUAGCCUAGUCCAGGAACAACAAUGUUGAAAAUGUUAAACCCUUAAGCGUUAUCAUUUCAACACAAACCAAGCCAAAGUGUUUUUGUUGCCAAAGGCUAACCAGCUAGCUAUUAGCUCAUUGAAUCCACGGUGUUUCGUGGUGGGCUUGCUAACUCGAUGAAGUGAACUUAUUCAACUGACUCAGCACAGUCAAGAAACAACCCAAUCACCCGAGUCCAUGGGUUUACAGUGAGCCCUCUAACUCGAGUGAGUGGAACGAUACGACUGAAUCGUUUCAGUCAGCCAUUUUGAGUCAGUAAACUGAAAUCAUCUAAGUUUGCUAUCUCAAGUCAGAGAACCAACAUGAGAGAAUCGUUUUAGUCUCCAGUGUUCCAGAUUAAUCACCUGAGUUGACUAUCGAUUCACUUCGUUGUGAAACUGCGAUGUUUACGGCAACUCAACGAACUCGAGUCAGUGACCAAAUAGAACCAAAUCAUCCGAGGCUGCGAGUCAGUGAAGUGGUAAAAGUGAAACCUGGCGAGUGCAGAAUUUCCACCAACCAGAUUCAGCAAACCAAAUCAACCGAGUCACCUAACUCAAAGUUAGUUCAUCGAUAGAAUUGAUUCACACGAGUCAGCGGUGUUUUUGGCGAUUUAUUUUAUUUUAUUCGGGUCACUGAACCGAUACAAAAGAAUCAUUUGAAUCUGUGGUGUGUCCCAGUGAGUCCGCUCACUGGAGUUAGUAAACGAUCCUAUCCGCUAACUUGACUCCGACUGAAUGACUCAAUAUGACCCAAUCAACUCGGGCGUUUUCGAUCUGACUCAUGACGCCAGUAUUUUUAGUGUCCUCUAUGCAUGGCAUAGCAGGUACAUGAAAGUGACUUUAAAUCUUCAACGUACCUGCAUGUCCAAACUAAACAAAUCUGACUUGAACGGUGCUGGUAAUGUUGACUUUACAUACAGUCCUGAUAGUGACCAUUUACCGUACAUCUGUUUACACCAUGAUGUGUGUCUACUUUAAUUCAAUUAAAAAAAAAAAAGAAGCCAUUUUAGUGAGGCGACCCCAAGAAAAUGUAAGUAAUGGCUGUUAUUGUGUUUGUUUAUUUAUCCUCACCUCUUUGUUGUGUGGUGAAUGUGGAGGACUGUGAGUGGUCCACUAAUGUUCAGAUUUGUGUUUAAGUUCAAAUGUCACUAAACUCGACAAUAAAACCACUUUUCCCUCAA